CCGGUUAAGUUCCCUGGAUGGAUGUUGGCACUACCUCCAGCUAACUUGUGCAGGUUCAGCACCAUGACCGAUGGGGACUAUGACUAUCUUAUCAAGCUUCUGGCCUUAGGGGACUCAGGUGUGGGGAAGACAACCUUCCUUUAUAGAUACACUGACAACAAGUUCAACCGCAAGUUCGCCACCACAGUUGGGAUCGAUUUCCGGGAAAAGAGAGUGAUGUACAUGGGAACAGGCUCUGGCGGGACCACAGAGAGGAGUUUUUCUGUUCACCUGCAGCUUUGGGACACAGCUGGACAGGAGAGGUUUAGGAGCCUUACCACGGCCUUCUUCAGAGAUGCUAUGGGCUUCCUGCUGAUGUUUGACUUGACCAAUCAGCAGAGUUUCCUCAAUGUCCGAAACUGGAUGAGUCAGUUGCAGGCCAACGCCUACUGUGACAGCCCAGAUAUAGUGUUAGUUGGCACCAAAGCAGAUCUUCAAGACCAAAGAGAUGUAAAUGGACGCCAAGUUAGAGAUCUGGCAGACAGAUAUGGCAUCCCCUACUUUGAGACCAGCGCGGCCACGGGAGCUGACGUGGACAAGGCGGUGACCAGCCUGCUGGAGCUGGUGAUGAGGCGCAUGGAGCAGGGCAGCGAGGGGGCUGGUGCCUCGUCUGACGCCCCCAACGGGAGCUCAGUCACCAGCCAUCAGGAGGAGGUAUCCCCACUGAGGAAAUGUGCCUGCUGAAAUGUUACCCUGAGUUGCUCUCUUUUCCAAAUGCCCAUGCAGUACACUUAGUCUAUAUAGAGAAUAUUCUAGAGAGCUUCCCGUUUAUCAGGUUUAGUUGUGUGUAAAAGGUUGGCCCGUGCAGAUUUAUCUAUGAACAUGGUGUCAUAUGUACACAGUUUAUAAAGUGAAUGUAUACUUGGAUUUGGAGAUGCUUCAUAGUUAAACAUUUUAUCCACAACUUGUAAUUAGGACAUGCUAUGUGCUUUAAGGAUAAUGUUGAAGAAGAUCAGAAGGAUUCUCAAAAAUAGAGUUGGAGACAGAAUAUCUUUCAAAAUGCAAGGUGGCACCUCAGCUCUCAGUCUCCAACCUCUCAUGCUUAACUCGUUCCUCUAUCUUCAAUCUCUCCUUCUCUGGCUCCUGCUCUAUGGGUUUCUCUUUCUAAACUUUUGCAAGACCUCUAUUGUUCUGCUAUUGAGACACUCGCACACACCACAGUCUCCCCUAAUGCUGACACACCCUGGCCCCCUUUCUUCUCACUGUUCUAGGAGCCUUGCCUGUCACUUUUGAGACAUGACUUUGGUCCUUUAGGGUACUUAUAGCUCUUAAGUCCUGACUUUCUGAUCGUUCACAGCUGUAAGAUAUCUGGACCCCCCUCAUCCAUGCUAGACAAUCUCGUUGAUUUGUUUAGCAAACUCCUUGUUAUGCAAGUUCUUACUCAUAACAGGCCACACUUCCUCCAAACACACACUCUUUCCCAUCCUCAGACUGCCAACCCGGCCUCCCACUAGACUUCCUCUCUAUUCUGGUUCAAGCCUGUUCUUUGGUAUAAUUCUUACUGCAUAGGUCUCAAUCUCUUUCUUAGGCCCCCUGACCUGACCCCUGUAUACCUCACCUGUUGCCACCCUGCACAAUAAUCGAGAUUCUACAACAAUACCAAGACUUGAAUAUUGAAGGAAAAUUUUUUGUUUUUAUUUGAAACAUUGAGACAUGAUGGGAGGACAAUGCAGGCACAUUCGUACAUGUAUCACUGAAUAUAAUCUGACAUUUAUGCAAGUCAUUCAGAGUCAUUGUUACAUUUUUAUACAUAAAUGAGAUAACUUGAUGAUUAUGUUAGAUAAGCCAAACAUGACAAAGUCCCUUACAUAAAUCAUUAAUUUUGUAUGAGUAUAUUGACUGCUACUAUUGAUUAUUUAUGGAACUUAAUUGUCAUGCACAUAGAGUAGGUAAAGUAAGAAAAAAGUUUCAAGACCAUGAAUUAACUUGUAAUAUAUAUAUACUUAAAUACUUAUUUAAGUAUAUGUGAAAAAUCUAUUGUUCUUACAUACGAACAUUCCGAGAGUAAAUGCUAUAAAUUGAAAUGCUGAAACAGAAUUUUGAAUAAAGUUACUGUCAGUA